AUGUUUCAUUGGCUGCUCUGUUGUGGCCUCUAUCUCAGCUACCUGGACGAGGAAUGCAUCGGUUACGAGAGUUGUGAUGAUCCGACAUGUGUACCGGAUUCUGCCUUUCUUGAUCUUGCCGUUGUCGACGAGUUACGAUCGCGAUUGCCAUCGACUCGUUUGUUCGCUGAUAUCGAGCUGGUAAUACUGUUCUACGCGUCUCUAGCGUAUUUCUGGCUAUUUUUCGUGUUCGUUCCUCGAUGCUAG